GGGCGGCGGCGGGGGGACGGGCCGCCCCCCCGGCCCCGCGGCUCGGCGGAGGCGGCGGCGGGUGACGACGGCUCGGCGGCGGCGGCGGCGAUGGGGUGCCUGCAGAGCGUGGCCUGCAAGGCGCGGGUGCGUCGGGAGCAGAUCGUGGUGUCGGACGUGUCGGCCACCAUCGAGCCGGCGGCCACCGCCAUCGAGGAGAGCUCGCCGGUGGUGCUGCGGUACCGCACGCCCUACUUCCGCGCCUCGGCCCGCGUCCUCAUGCCGCCCAUCGCCCGGCGGCACACCUGGGUGGUGGGCUGGAUCCAGGCCUGCAACCACAUGGAGUUCUACAACACCUACAGCGACCUCGGCGUGUCAAGCUGGGAGCUGCCCGACCUGCGAGAAGGAAGAGUAAAAGCCAUCAGCGAUUCGGAUGGUGUGAGCUACCCCUGGUAUGGAAACACCACAGAAACUGUGACCCUGGUUGGGCCCACUAACAAGAUCUCCAGGUUCUCGGUGAGCAUGAAUGACAAUUUCUACCCCAGUGUGACGUGGGCUGUCCCUGUGAGCAACAGUAACGUGCCGCUGCUGACCAGGAUUAAAAGGGACCAGAGCUUUACUACGUGGCUGGUGGCCAUGAACACCACCACCAAGGAAAAGAUCAUCCUGCAGACUAUAAAGUGGAGGAUGCGAGUGGACAUUGAGGUUGAUCCCAUGCAGCUCCUGGGGCAGCGGGCACGGCUGGUGGGAAGGACUCAGCAGGAGCAGCCCCGGAUCCUCAGCAGGAUGGAGCCCAUCCCACCAAACGCACUAGUGAAACCCAAUGCCAACGAUGCCCAAGUCCUCAUGUGGAGACCCAAGCGAGGCCAGCCUAUAGUUGUGAUACCUCCCAAGUAAAGCGGCGCCGGGGCGCGCGUGUGAGGACCUGGGUGCUGUCAGCGUGCUGCAAACGAACGGGGUUUCUGAGCCAAAGCAGACCUCUUGGCUUCUCCUGCCUUUGUAGCUGUGGUUGGAAACGUGGCUCCUCCUUAGUCAGAAAGAGAGCCCGGCUGGCAGAGGGGCGCAGAAGAGGGAUCGCUGAGAUGGAGGAUUUCCCAGGAAGUGGAAUCGAGUACUUCUAGGGGCUUGCGGCUGGCAAAGAGGCUGUCUGACCUAAACGACUCAUCUUUCCUUGCAGGGCAAUGCAAGGAGCGUGAGUGUGAUCGAACCGUGCCUGUGGCAAAUGCUGCUUUCCACCCAACUGGAGGUAGAAGUGGAGACCGUGCCUGCUGGAUGUGGAGGGCUCCUGCAGUGACCCUUCCCGCUGGGGCACGGGUGUCCCCGUGGUGUCUAUACCUAUGCAUUUCGGAUUGAUAAUCGACCCCUCGCCCUGCCUGCUGGGACUGGGUGGGAGGGCCCGGGAGUGGAGUGGGAGCUGGCAGUGCCAGGGUGCUGAGCCGGAGCCCGGUGCUGGCCGGUGCCACUGCCCGGGAGGGGUUUUCCACAGCCGAGGGGAAGCGGGACACGUUUUGCAUGCGUCUGGGUGUGUUUGGAGUAGUUGUGAGUGUAGGAGAUGCCAUAGCUCUUUUCUGUCUUUGAGUGAGAUCUAAGGGCAGGUUAGAUGUCCUUUCGUUUUAAGGUGCACUAAAUCUUUGCAGUUCCUCAACCUCCCCCCUGCCCCCAAAUCCCUCUGACCCUUCUUUUAUGGAAGCAAAACCGAUUCUCAGCGAGCGAGAAAUUGGGAGCGGUUCCCGUUCACCCAGCCCAGGUGCUCGCUGACUGUGUGUGUGGGGUACCCAAACCAGCUUGGAGGUACCCCAGGACUCACAUGCUUCCCCUGCAGACCCAAGUUUCUUGCAAGAAGUUGGGUGCUUGCUCGUUUUCCAUGCAAAUGCUCGUUCAUGUGGAGACCCUCCUCCUCCUCAGCCACCCAUGGAGCAGGGUGGCUACUGGCAGGGAUGCCGGUGGAGGGGAUGGUGUGCCUUGCAGUAACUCCUCAGGCUCUGCAGGGAAGGGGGUCUCCUCUCUGUGGGCUGGAGGCAGGGAUGUGAGCAGAGGCUGUGCAGGGCAGGCCGGGGUUUGCCUGGGAAGAAGGCGAGCAUGCUGCCUGGGCGCUGCCUCCUGCUGCUGCAGGUGUUUGGGGGACAACAGGGGGUUUUAUUUGCCUUUCUCCUCGCCCCUUGCUGCCUGGAUGGCUGGCAUCAUCUGGUCUGUGGGCUGGUGCGGUGCUGUGGGCUGCGACCUGCAGUUCCCAAUAUCUCGCCCUCAAGAUGCAGAGAGGCAUAAGCCACGGCCGUGCUGCCAAUGCCCCAGGUGCCCCGUCGCUCCUGGGCACACGGUUACGGUUUUCGCUGCUUUCUCUGCUCCGUACACUGCCCCGGCACGAGUCCUGCGGCUCCUCUGGCUCACACCCCUGCUUUCGCACCAUGGGAGGUUUGCGCUGCCCUGGGGAUGCGGGUAAUUCCUGCUGGGAGGGUCCCAUCUUUUGUCCCGCUGCCAGAAGAGCCUGGGGAGGGUUGCCGUAUUUGGCACUUCCGUGCAAAGCCUCUCCUGCGGUAUUAGCAGCGCUGCCCUGAGCCUGGCCGUCCGGACACCCAGCCCGGUGCUGUUUUGCUCCCCAGGGUGUGCUGGCACAUCCCCGCAGCAUCGCUCCGCAGAGCGUGGCUGAGCUCCUGCAAAGCUUCAGCCAUGGCAUGUGCUUUUCCAGGGUGGGAUGCGCACCCCGGUCCCUGCUGGCGAAGGGGCUCCCUAGGCAUCUUAGACCAAAAAUCCCUGUGAAAUCCCCGUGCUACUUACUAUUCUCAGUAGUGUUUGCUGCUGAUUCGAUUCUUUAUUUAUUUUUUCCUUUGGGAGUGUUGCAUUUUGACGCCUUGACGCACACUUCCUUGUGCUGGGGCUGGUGGUCCUGCUCCUCCCGCUCGGCCUCAUGGUGGGCUGGGAACCUGCUGCUUUCGGUGCCUAUGUCUGGGUUUUGCCAGGGGCUAGAGCCUUGCAGUGAGAAAGGUUUGGAGGGAGAGGGGGCUCUGAACUUUGGUUUGCUGUGUUUUCUGGAACAAAACUACUGGGAGCGUGCUGGCGUGGGAAGAUGUCCCACUCUUGUGAGACUCUGCCCAUGGUUUUGUCCUGGUAUGGGAUUGACAGCAGCUUUUGCCGUCACCAAUGUUUCGUUUCUCAAAAAGCAUGUGUGGAGAGGGUUUAGAAACUUUAAAUACAAUUUUCCUUAACUUUUGGGGGAGGAGGAGGGGUAAGUACCUUUCAGUUUGAAAUUAGGCAGAUGUAUACUUUGGACCCAGUGGGACAGAAAUGUCUCUGGCAGCAUCAGAGCUAAAAAGCCAGAGGAAGGGGUUCCCCAACAAACAGGUAGACCUGAGAUGGGUUCCCUGCUGGGAGAGGAUGCUGCGUCCAGAGAGGCUGCGCGAGCCAGCUCCCCAAAACCUACAGGGAAGGGCUGGGGCUGCGCUCGGGGGCUGCGUGCCGGCCGUCAGCCCAGGGAGCUGCUGUGGCACUGCCGCGGUGCCAACUGGCUGGGAGAGUGGAGAUGCUGGCGCAGGGAUGCUGUUGAAUUCUUUGCCGUCUUUUGGGAUUUGCUGGCCGGCCGGAGCCUUGGCACAUCAUCUGCUGCGACAUUGAGACAGCAGUGGCCGCUGUUUCUGUCCAUGCGUGUCUGCAACGUCCCCAGGGAGGUGCUCGGUGCUGUCUGGUGCUGGUGUUGGGCUCAGUGCCUGGCCGUAGCUGUGUGCCUGAGCUCCAGGGCUGCCCCAGCCUGCAGGCAGGCUCUGGCUGAGCCCCCGGGCCAUGCCCGUGUUCAUCUCUUCGGGCUUCUGCUGGGCUUCUGUGCCUGCUCCUUCUCCGACGGCUGGAUUUGAUUCACUUGACUCUGUUUGAUGCGUGGGUUGUCUUCGUGGGCAUUUCCCGGUUAAAAAAAGAAAAAAAAAAAAAAGUUUGCAAAAAUUGUUUGCAAAAAUAAUUUGCUAACAAUGUUUGCAAAAAUUUGCAGGCAUUUUGCAUGUUCGCAAAAGGUGCGUGUUCACACUUGGGUGGAGGUGCUGGGUGAGUGUCUGCCAGUAGCACUGACCGGUGGAGCCUGGGUGCAGGGCUCAUGAUGCUGAAGCGAAGGGGAGGGAGGGAGGGAGGCGGUGGGUGAGAGCUCCUGCGUGCAAGUCCGGGUUUGGCUCACGUCCCCAUGGCCCGCAGCCGUACUGAUGGGGACCCUGAGUGGGCACCCCAGCUGCAGAGCCCACGCCAGGGACGAGCACCCGGACCCCCGGGCUCGGUUGUCCAACCGCCCCGCGGGACCCCUUCCUUGUGCCCCACUUUUGCACCAGCACCCCGUUAUCUCAGGGAGGGGCAGGUCACGGAAAUGCCCACCCACACACUCCCCUUGCCCUGAGUCUCGGGGUGCCCCGUCCCCUCCGUCCUUGUCUUCGGGUCACUUAUUUAUUUAUCUAUUUAUUUAUUUAUUUAUCUAUUUAUGUAUUUAUUUAUCUAUUUAUUUAUUUAUUUAUUUAAGGUUUAAGUUAUUUAUUGGUAUUUAUUGAUGGCUGGAAGUUGGGGGGGGGUCAUUUCUGCUGCACGGUGGGGGCAGCUGGGUCCCCCCCUGCCCAGCCCCCUGCAUUUUGGGGUGCUGCCACAUUUGGGAGCGCCACUGGGAAGGGAUCUUGUGGGCCCCUGCGCUCCCAUCCCCUUUCGGAGCUAGGGGGUAGAAAGGAAGGGGAAUAAUGUUGGUGCCUGCAGGGAGGACACCCGGUGCCUGUCCCUUCCCGCAGAAGCUCAAAGCCCCCUGUGCCCCCUCCCCAGGCGCUGUGCUCCCUCCCGUGCCCGUCCGUAUUUAUUGACCCGGCCUCCUGGCAUUUCUCCGUUCCGCUCCUGCUGGAUUUGCUGUUGCCAAUUUCUGGAGAUGGUGAGAAGAGCCAGGACGUGUGGGUGUCGCUAUGGAGAAAAGACCAAACCAGGUAUUCUGCUGCCGCGUGGGGAAAAUCGGAAGGAGAAGAGGAAAGCUGGUUUUGCAGAGUGCCUUAAACACAAAUGACUUUACUGAGUAGGGGGCUUGGACUUCUGUCUCUGGAUGUUAUUACCAACUCAAACAGAUGUUGCAUUUCACUUCUCUGGGAUUAAAAGAAAACCACUCGAGCUGUACUGGAA